AUGGAUCGAAAUCCUACCAGCGCAGGACAGUUUCCAGACCAGGGAUCGCCCCUGCCCGCUCCUUCACUGCCUGUUCAGGCGGUAUCCAUCAAGAUUCCCCCAUUCUGGCCAGCUGAUCCCGUCCUCUGGUUUGCGAACACCGAAGCACAGUUCGCACUCCGCGGCAUAACGGCUCAGCUCACAAAGUUUUACCAUGUCGUGGGUGCCCUCGGACCAAGCGAAGCCAGAGGAGGCACACUGCGGGACGUCAUCACAGUUCCCCCCGCGGAGAACCCUUAUGACGCACUCAAGAGCGCACUGACCAGGCGUACGACAGCUUCGAAGCAGGAACGCCUGCGACAGCUGCUCACAGCUGAGGUUCUCGGAGACCGGAAGCCGUCCCAGCUACUUCGCCGUAUGCAGCAGCUGUUGAGCGACACGGCGUCGGCACUCGAGGAGUACAUCAUGCGCGAGCUGUUCCUUCAGCGCCUUCCGAACACUGUGCUCAUGAUCCUUACCACCUCCAGCAGCAUCUCUCUUGAAGCCUUAGCGGAGAUGGCUGACAAGAUGAUGGAUAUCGCUCCGCCUGCUAUUUUAGCAGUCUCGCCUCCGCCUGUGCCAUUGCCUUCGUCGUCGGAGCUACAGGUUUUGCGAGACGAAGUGGCUCGCCUUUCGGACUUGGUGAUUUCCAAUCUCCGGUUCAGCCAAUCGCCAUGCCCAAGGCGCCGCUCUCCUCGCCGCUACAGUCGGCGUCGCAGCCAGCCUCCCCGUUCCCAGUCAGCUAACCCCGACGUCUGCUGGUAUCACCAGACCUAUGGCGACCGUGCCCGCAAGUGCCUGCCUCCGUGCUCCCGCCAGGGAAACGCCAGCGUCAGCAACUGA